UGCCUUCUCUCUCCUCACUUAAACCCUCCUCCGCUCGACGACACCACACGAAAAUAUACGUCAGAAUAAACCGCAGCAAAUCUUCUCCGGCACCGGCAGCGCCCAAAUCCGGCAAUCCGCUGCUCCGAAUGGACUCAGGUUACAAUCCCCGGACGGUGGAGGAGGUGUUCCGGGACUUCAAGGGCCGUCGUGCCGGGAUAAUCCGCGCGCUCACCACUGAUGCGGAGGAUUUCUUCAAGCAAUGCGACCCGGGAAGGGUUGGCUGCAUGCCUGCAAAGAUAGGAGCUAUAUCUAUAUCUUUCCUGCUUUGUGUAUGUAAUGUAAUGGAAGGCUGCUGGCAGUUGAAUUCUGAACCCAUGGUGGUUAGUGGUUACUGAACUUGGCUGCUCUUGGGUGCAAAUCUACUGUUGCACCCCAUUGACUUAAUAUCAGUGCUCCUGGGAUCUGCUUGAUGAUGGUGUGGACCGUGUGGUUUAUUCAUAAGAUAAAUUAGUGAUGGGGCAUAGCUAAAUUCUACCUAAAUUGGCUUAUGCUCAUGACUAGAUUAGUGAAAGCAUGGACAUUGGACCUUUUGGUUAGGAAUUUCAUUGUUGCCAACAAAUGCCUUUUAACUCUGUUCCCUAAACUAGAUAGAAAAUGGUGCACUGUAACAAUAUCCAGUUAGUAAGCUUGGAGGGAGGGAAGCUCAUUGACAAUUUCAAAGAAAAAGCAACGUUAUAUAAAUGAAAUGACACCAAAAGGUAUUUUUGGCAUGUGAGUAUAUUAAACGCAAGGGAUUUCAGGUAUCUCGAACUACUAACAAAAAGGUUAAGUCACCUUAUCCAUUCCUCCCUAGUGGACUGAGUAUUGGUUGAUCAGCAAUUUUGGCGUUACCAAUAUGCUACAACCCUUGUUUUGAUGGUCUCCUCAGCAAAAGAAAAGCUUCCAAUAUUGAUCAACUUCCAAAUUUGGACAUGGGCUCCCCUUCUAUUGAAUUGGACGUCAGUUUCAUACUGCAUGAAUACAUGCAACACACACGCACAGUUAUGCUGAGUAGCUGCUCACUGGCUGAUUUAAAUCCCUGCACGCAACGUGUGCCAACAGUGGGUGUACACGAAUGGAAAUAAAACUUCUGUAAGAUACAAUGCUUCAUUAAUAUGUGCGAUUAUUGCACUGCGGGGAGGACACUUCUGUCCAUGCUCUUUGUAGGCAGAGCUUAUUUGUCCAUUUUUGGAGGGAGAACUAUGGGAGAUGAUGAUGAUGAUCUUGAUAUGGUGUUUACUGUGUCCUUGGAAGAAAAAGAAAACUUGUGCCUGUAUGGGUUUCCUAAUGAGAGCUGGGAAGUAAAUUUGCCUGCUGAAGAGGUGCCACCUGACCUCCCAGAACCAGCAUUAGGCAUAAACUUUGCAAGAGAUGGAAUGCAGGAAAAAGAGUGGUUGUCCAUGGUUGCUGCACACAGUGAUGCAUGGUUACUUUCUGUUGCAUUUUACUUCGGUGCUCGAUUCGGUUUCAAUAAAAAUGACAGGAAGCGCCUCUACAGUUUGAUUGAUGAUCUUCCCAUGGCUUUUGAAAUUGUUAGUGGGAAGAGUGAAACCAAGGCACCAGCACCACCAAGCAGUAGUAACCACAGCAAUAUCAAACCGAAGUCUAACAACAAAAAGAAACCACCGGAGCCUAAGGUGAAGCAGCCAAAGCCGCGUGCCCCUGCAGAGGAAGGCGAGGAGGAAGAUGGCAGUGCAAGCGAGGGCGAGCACGGGGAGACGCUGUGCGGCGCGUGCAAGGAAAGCUACGGCCCCGACGAGUUUUGGAUCUGCUGCGACCUCUGCGAGAAGUGGUUCCACGGCAAGUGCGUCAAGAUCACGGCGGCCAAGGCCGAGCACAUCAAGCAGUACAAGUGCCCGUCCUGCACCGGCGGCGGUGGCGUCAGCAACAGCGGCACCAAGCGAGCCCGCCCAUCAUAGCUGCGACUUUUAGUGAUGUAAACUGCUUAGAAAAACUGUUGCGGACAUAGCGCCCAUCAUAGCUGCGACUUUUUAAAUGGUGGUGUAAACUUUUGUAGUGCGACUAGGCCGUUUGUCACCCUAUCAUACUUGGCUUCAAGUAGGUUUUCUGUUUUUCAGUUUUCAUUAUCAUACUCGCUUGAAGUAGUGUGAAUGAAUGGCGUAAAA